CCAGGUCAGACUUUCCUGCUGUUCUUCUUCUAACUUGGCUAAGCAUCAUCUCUUUCGUCUCAUCACUGGCCCCAGGUUUUUGAAGAAGCUGUGCUGGACAUUUAUGGACUCUAACUAACAAGGUUUCAAAUCACAAAAAUGGAAAGAGGCAGCAUCAGCAAAGCUUCAGAAAAUGGCCCCACAGACAAUGAUGGCCCCUUGGAGAAAAAGAGACCAGAAAAAGCAACAGUGCUUCAACAAGAUAUUGGUUUGAUGAGUGGCAUUUCCCUGAUUGUGGGAACAAUGAUUGGCUCAGGGAUCUUCAUUUCUCCUAAAUCAGUGUUACUGUACUCAGGAGCUGUGGGUCCCUGUCUCCUCAUCUGGACUGCCUGUGGAGUAUUAGCCACUAUGGGAGCCCUUUGCUAUGCUGAACUUGGUACUAUGAUCACCAAAUCAGGGGCAGAGUAUUCCUAUUUAAUGGAGGCCUUUGGAUCCAUUAUUGCCUACCUUUACUCUUGGACCACUGUUAUGGUGCUGAAACCUUCUUCAUUUGCCAUCAUCACUCUUAGCUUUGCAGAAUAUGCCUCUGCUCCUUUUUACCCUGACUGCACCCCUCCUCUCGUGGUUAUUAAAUGCCUAUCUGCAGCUGCAAUAAUCAUAAUCACUGGUGUCAACUGUUUGAGUGUCAAACUAGCAAGCUAUGUGCAGAACUUUUUUACUGGGGCCAAACUUAUUAUCAUCGUCAUCAUUGUGGUGGCUGGCAUCGUUCUGAUGGCUCAAGGAAAAACAGAGAACAUGUCAAAUGCAUUUGAAGGCUCAUCCACGUCUUUUGGAGCAAUUGGACUUGCUUUUUAUAACGGACUUUGGGCUUAUGAUGGAUGGAAUCAACUGAAUUUCAUCACUGAGGAGCUAAAAAACCCAUACAGAAAUUUGCCUCUGGCCAUCAUCAUUGGAAUCCCUUUGGUGACUGUGUGCUAUGUGUUUGUCAACAUAGCUUACUUUACUGUUAUGACGCCCUCUGAACUGCUGUCGUCUUCAGCUGUUGCAGUGACCUUUGGGGACAGAGUCCUUUACCCUGUGGCGUGGAUAGUUCCUCUGUUUGUGGCCUUCUCAACAUUCGGUUCUGCAAAUGGAAGCUGCUUCACUGCUGGCAGACUGUCCUAUGUAGCUGGUCGAGAGGGUCACAUGGUGAAAAUCUUAUCCUAUAUUAGUUUGAAACGCUACACUCCUUUACCUGCUCUCUUAUUUAAUGGAAUUUUGGCAAUAUUCUACAUUAUUCCUGCAGACAUCAAUACUCUGAUAAACUACUUCAGUUUUGCUCAGUGGGCCUUCUAUGGUCUGACAACUCUGGCUCUAAUUGUUAUGCGUUUCACCCGGAAAGAUCUCGACAGGCCUGUGAAGGUGCCAAUGGUCAUAGCUGGCAUCGUAACCCUGGUGUCCUGCUACCUUGUCUUGGCCCCAAUUAUCGAUAAGCCUGAGUGGGAGUACCUUUACUGCACCAUCUUCAUCUUCAGUGGACUCAUCCUUUACUUCCCAUUGGUCUACAAGAAGGCAAACUGGACACGCAAAAUCAUGAGGCCCAUCACCUUGUAUCUCCAGCUGCUAAUGGAGGUAGUUCCACCAGAGAAAACUGAAUAGGAAGGGACAACCUGUUCAGCUGAAUUCUUGAGAUCUCCUGCUGGAUUUUGGACUUUAUCAGGAGAAGAUCUGGUGCUCGUAUAUGAUCACUGUCCAAAAACAAGAACAUAUUCUGUUUGAAAAGCUAUCCCUAUGUUAGGGAGAAUGAAUUGAAACAAUCAUGAUUUUUAAUAAUUUAUGAAGAUAUCAUCGCAUGUCAUAAUAGAAGGUUAGGGCUGAUAGAAACAGAUGAGUAGAGUGUUGUAGCCAUAAGUCAUGGUUGUGCUGCAUUGAACAGUGGAAGAGUAUGCUUCCACCACGGUUUCUCGCCACACAUUUUGAUUCUGCAACUUUGCACUGAUGCAGAAAAAACAUACUUAUUGCCAGUUUUCUAAUAAAAAUUGACUGCUUUGUUGUUCAUGAACUUGUGAAACAGGACAGCCUGAAAAUAUCAGGCGUAGUUCAGAAAGGGUCUUUAUGCUUCACACCGACAUAUCUCUCUCUGUGUGAUAGAUUUUAGGAUAGAAUUUUUUUUUAUUUAUGUGCAGAAGUAAACAUCACUUGCAUUAAACAUUUGCUACCUGAAUUCAAAACCAGAAUGAAAAACAGCUGCUAAAUUCUUGCGGAGUCACAUUUCCAUAAAGGGAUACGAUUUAAUUUUGUUAAAAUGCAUUUAGAAAUGAGGCACAUGAGGGCUUCAGCAUCAUUGCUGCAGGAGGUUCUUUUUCUCUUAUUUGCCAGUUUAAAUUGAAUUAUCAAAUUUUAUCUUUAAAGGUGCAUUUUGUAAAACUUUCUUUAAUGUUAAGUUAUAUUGUCUCUAGACUGAGAGUGUUGUGCUACUCGCUGUUUAUUAAAGUUUUAAUCUUUUCAAACACAAAAAUCCAAUGAUAUUACUUUUAAGCUGCUACUUUUUUAAAACUUCACAAAUGUCUAAUCGAUUGAAAUAAAUCAGUUGAUUGCCAGUUAUAUAUAUAGGAAAACUGUGAGUCUUAUUUCACUGGAGGAAGUGUGAACAAGUGUGUUUAUUUAAAUUGUUCAAUGAAUAGUAAGAAGAAAAAUUGUCACUGCAAAUUCCAAUAAAAUAAAUUAAACUUUGUAGCUGUUGACAUUAUGUGAAAAGAUCCAGGGGUCUGUAUAUUUUUGCAAGGUCUUGUCACCUGAUUUUCCCUUAACAAAAAUAUUUAAAAUGAUAACACAUUUAGCUAAAUUACUGUAGAUUGUGAUGCAAGUAUGAUGAGGCAUUUGUCGUCAUAUUUUCAGGUAAGAGCAGGUUGUCCACCAGGUGUCAGUGUAGUACUAAUAUAUCAGACAUACUACUUAGUCAGAACGGUGGUUUUAGUUGUCAGUUUAUUUUCAUGUGUAUAUAACGUCAGCACUAAACAUAUAGAGAGAUUUACAUGGAUUACUGGUUUUCCUGCGUUUUCUACAGAAGACAUAAAAAUUAAAAACUACAUCUGCUGUUUUAAUUUAGUUGUAUAUUUAUUUUUAAUUAUUGCAGUGUUUUAAUAUGACAUUAGUUGCACAUGAUGACAUUUAUAGUUGGGCAUCACUUGGUGACAGGCAGAUAAACAAAGAUAAUUGAUCCCAGACUCCUCUGGAUAAUUGAUUGCUCCUUUAUUGCCCUCUAGUGGCAUUCAGACACAAACUCACAGGUAAAAAUGUUCAAGUUUAACCUGGAGGGUUUUCCAAAACCAGUGCUAGGAUCUUACUAGUCAAAGGCAGUGAUUGUCAAAGCUUUUGACAAUCACAGCUUUUGACUAGUAAGAUUGUAGCUGCCAGCAGGAGCGACAUGCUGUUUGUGUAGGCUCGUAUUUUUUAGGCUUUGUGGUGGUUUUGUGUGGAAAGCAGAAUCGAUUUAAGUUUUCACAGUUCAGAGAUGAACUGGUGUAGUCUUGCUUAUGAUUCAGGUUGCAAGUCUGUACAGUAACAUAAUAUUGCAUAUUUCAGUUUGACAAAUUUAAGGUUGCAUUUGAAAAUGUUUUUCAUCAUUUAAAGUUGAGCAGUUACAUUCUGUUUCGUCAUUCUUUUAUGGAUUUUCAAACCGAGGCUGUAAGAAAUAACAUUUUUCAUUUUAGUAACAACUAAAAGAGGGAGGGGGGCAAGAAUUUAUAAUGAACUGGCUCUUCAAGGGCUGUUGAUGCUUGUUAGGGGAUCCAAACCUUCUCUCCCUCCUUUUCAGUGUGAAUGUUUAGUGCUGUAUUGCGUUACACGAGCAGUCAAGGACCUUAUUUGUUGUAAAAACAGAAUAAUUUCUCACCAGUAACCCUCACCCAACGAGCCAAUUUGAAUUGCGGUUCUGUUUGGUAUGUGAGCAAUAUCUUCACAAACAGCAAAGUGCACUUGACAAAAUGAGGCAUCAUUUGCGGUGCUGCUGCUGUGGCUGGUGUUGGAUGUGCUGAUGAAGUAGUUUACUUCUCAGUUCCAAGUCAUAAAUUAAUGCCUACUAAAUAGAUGAGCUGUAAAUGAAUUGGGAUUUAUAGCUUUGACAUUGUCAGACACGUCAGCCAACAGAAUAAGCACGUGCAAAUCUUUGUUGACAUGUUAUGACUUCGUAGUCAACUUUGAAUCAGAGAAAUAUGCAGUUCCAGUAAAAUCUGUUUUAAUUACUUGACUUUCAUGGGUACUAAAACAAAUUAACUCUUCUGGCCCAGUCAUUCAUCUUGUAACAGAUAAACUCACAAGAUGUUAUUGUAUUGUUAUUGAAUGGAAGCUCAACAAACCUCACCAUCUUUUUUCUGUUUAGUUAUACACCAUUUUAUUCUUUGCAUUCAAAUCUCUGCAGUUUUCACCUCAGUAAAAACUGAGGUGAAAACUGACGUGUCCUCCUCCAUUUUGGGUCAAUUAGUGAGUCUAAAUAUCCCUCAGAUUUGAAUGUGAUCAUGUGGUUUGUGUUGUUUGCAUCUGUGAUUGACUGUAAACUUGUUCAAAUCGCACCCUGAAUCUUCCCUGUUUACAUCUGGAGGUAGACAUUGCGCUGUAAAUAGUAAAUGAAUGUGAAUGGAACCUUUAUCUUUGUGUCUUAGUCUUUUAAGUACACUGGGGCCACAGGAUGAGAAAACACCCAACAAGUUGCAUUCCCCUUCAUCAUAGAGUGAGUCACAACUUUCACUUAUGAGAAAAGUAUGAAAGAAUUAUGACUAUACAUCUUAGUUUAGCAGAUGUAUAGCUAAGCUAAGAUGUAUAGCUUAGCUAUAUAUCUUAGCAUACAUCCAGGAUGUAUAGCUUAAAAAUGUGACUCCUUUCCACUGCUGUUUUUACUGUGAAUUCUGGUUUUCACUAAUGCCCUAAUGUUGUAUUUCUGUCAUUAAAUAGGAGACAUUUUCUAAAUACUGAGUUCUGAAUUAAAAUAGAUCCUGAUGUUUGAUCACAGUUGACUCACAUGCAUUAGGCACAUAGUGCUGACAUGCUAACACUAAUUCUUUACUUCUGCACCCCCAGCUUCUCAAAGUGAAAAUCUAAGUUUUCAAGCUUUUUUUUUUUUAAAAAAAGAGCAAUGGUUCUCAAAGUUUGUUCAGCUAUAAUCACAGGGAGUUAUUUCCAUGUGUUAAUUGCUAACUUGGUCUGUCCUAAUCAAACUGUGCGUUGCUACAGUGGCAGACUGAUUGAACAUUAAUAUGGUAAAUAUUCUGCUGCGGAUGAGCACUCUUUAUGCACACAUUAUGUAGAUAUGCAUGCAGCACUGACGGCAUGGCCACAUACUCAGACCGACGCAUACAAUACGCUCAAAUAUCGCUUCAUUAAUGGUUAGCAGUUCUGAUGAGCUCUAAUCUGCAUGUCAUUAUCAUGACAUUACUGCACUUUUGCAUUUGGUUACUAAAUUAGCAUUUGGAUUAGAGGCUCGCAAUCAUUCAGCGACCUUUCCAAAAACUGCAUUAUAAUGCAUCCCUAAUGAACCUAUGCUACAAAUGAAACCUGUGAUUGUUCUGAUUGUUUACAUAUUUUAUAAAAUAAUACUCCUACCCUCCAAGCUGCACCAGACCAUUGGGGUGAGGAUUUUAGCUGUUUUUUUAGGUUUGGGACUUGAAUUUCUUAGUUUACUUACUGACUUCCAUGUUAUUCUG